CCCUGUCCUUGCGACCACCAAAUCGCCCCUACUCGACGGGUCACUCCUUCCUCGUUUGGUUUUCUGAGCACACUUUCUAGAGAGCUUCGUGUAAGCUGAAUAGCUUGCGCAGCUCCCGCUGAUAUUUAACAAAUAACUAUUUCCUUCUUGGACCCUUCCUCCAGUAUUGAAUGUCGGCAUCGCAGAGAUUUCUCUGCACUCUCUCCCAUUCUCUUCCCAAUAAAUCCACUCCGUUGACUCUCCUCCGCUUUUCUCCUUCCUAUUAUUCUACUUUCUGUCGCCCUCGCUCUCUUUCUCGCCUAAUCAUGCCCCAGAAUCAGGAAAAGCCAAAGCCGAAGGCGGUUUCGUCUGCCUCCGCAUCAGUUGUUGAAGCCGUUACUAACAAACUCGGCGAUUUGAUUAUCUCUGAAAAUAAUAACGGCCAAAUUUGGAAGCCGAAGUCGUAUGGAACUGUGAGUGGACCCGUCGCCGCCGCCGCCACCGCCGUCGAUGUUCAAACCGAGAAGAGAAGUGUUGAUUUGAGUAAAAUUUUGAAGCCUAAUUUGUUAGAUAAUUUCAGUGUUGAUAAUUCGACUUAUUCACUUGCACAAAUCAGAGCUACUUUUUAUCCGAAAUUCGAAAAUGAAAAGUCUGAUCAAGAGAUUAGGAUACGGAUGAUCGAGACGGUGUCUAAAGGUUUGGCUACUUUGGAGGUUUCGCAUAAACACUCUGGAUCUCUGUUUAUGUACGCGGGUAAUGAGGGCGGAGCAUAUGCUAAAAACAGCUUUGGAAAUAUUUACACUGCUGUUGGUGUUUUUGUUCUUGGGAGGAUGUUUCGUGAGGCAUGGGGAAGUAAAGCUGGAGAGAAGCAAGCACAAUUCAAUGAUUUUAUUGAGCAUAAUCAUAUGUGCAUAUCAAUGGAGUUGGUAACUGCUGUUCUUGGAGAUCAUGGACAGCGCCCUCGAGAAGACUAUGCGGUAGUAACAGCUGUCACUGAAUUGGGCAACAGAAAGCCAAAGUUCUACUCAACUCCUGAAGUAAUUGCUUUUUGUCGUAAAUGGCGUCUACCAACAAAUCACAUAUGGUUGUUCUCAACAAGGAAGUCAGUGACAUCAUUUUUUGCUGCUUAUGAUGCGCUAUGUGAAGAAGGAACAGCGACUUCUGUAUGUAGGGCUCUCGAUGAAGUUGCGGAUAUAUCUGUACCUGGUUCAAAAGAUCAUAUAAAGGUGCAGGGAGAAAUCUUAGAGGGUCUUGUAGCCCGUAUUGUAAGUCAUGAGAGCUCAAAACAUAUGGAGGAGGUCUUGAAAGAUCACCCUCCUCCACCUGCUGAUGGAGCUGGCAUAGAUUUGGGACCAAGUCUAAGGGAAAUUUGUGCUGCAAAUAGGUCAGAUGAAAGACAGCAAAUAAAGGCACUCCUUCAAAAUGUUGGUUCUUCUUUCUGCCCUGAUCAUUCAGACUGGUAUGAUGAUGCACAUUCAAGAAAUGCAGAUAGAUCUGUUCUUUCAAAAUUUUUGCAAGCUCAUCCUGCUGAUUAUACAACCACUAAGUUGCAGGAAAUGAUUCGUCUGAUGAGAGAAAAACGUUUCCCAGCUGCAUUCAAAUGUUAUCAUAACUUCCACAAAGCUGAAUCUGUUUCAAGUGACAACCUUUUCUAUAAAAUGGUCAUUCAUGUCCAUAGUGACUCAGGAUUUCGGCGUUAUCAGAAGGAGAUGAGGCAAAAGCCAGGAUUAUGGCCUCUUUAUCGAGGUUUUUUUCUUGAUAUUAAUUUGUUCAAGGCAAACAAGGAAAGAGCUGCUGAAAUUGCGAAAAGCAACAAUGAUCUGGUAGGAAAUGUAAAUAAUGACAGUAAUAUAUCCACAAGAGAUGGUUUGGCCGAUGAUGAUGCAAAUCUAAUGAUUAAACUGAAGUUCCUUACGUAUAAGUUGAGAACAUUUCUGAUCCGCAAUGGGUUGUCAAUCCUUUUCAAGGAUGGGCCAGCUGCUUACAAGGCUUACUACCUGAGGCAAAUGAAGAUUUGGGGCACUUCAGCAGGGAAGCGGGAAGAGCUCAGCAAGAUGCUUGAUGAAUGGGCUGUGUACAUUCGAAGGAAGUGUGGAAACAAACAAUUAUCAUCAGCAAUAUACCUUUCAGAAGCGGAGCCAUUUCUUGAACAGUAUGCAAAGCGCAGUCCAGAGAAUCAGGCUCUAAUUGGCUCUGCUGGGAACUUGGUGCAAACUGAAGAUUUCUUGGCAAUUGUUGAAGGAGGCAGAGAUGAAGAGGGUGAUCUCGUGACAGAGAAGGAGGCAGCAGCAGCAAGUCUUAGCCCCUCAGUCAAGGACACUAUUCAGAAAGAUGAGGGUUUGAUUGUAUUUUUCCCUGGAAUACCUGGUUGUGCUAAGUCUGCACUUUGCAGAGAACUAUUAACUGCCCCAGGAGGACUUGGAGAUGAUCGGUCAGUUCAGAGUUUGAUGGGUGACCUUAUCAAAGGAAGAUAUUGGCCAAAAGUUGCUGAUGAGCUCAGGAGAAAACCUAAUUCUAUAAUUCUUGCAGAUAAGAAUGCACCAAAUGAAGAAGUUUGGAGACAGAUUGAAAACAUGUGCCAUAGCACCAGAGCUUCAGCUGUUCCCAUCAUACCUGAUUCUGAAGGGACUGGCUCAAAUCCAUUUUCUCUUGAUGCUUUGGGUGUUUUCAUGUUUCGUGUGCUUCAACGAGCCAACCACCCGGGUAAUCUUGACAAGGCAUCUCAAAAUGCUGGCUUUGUGCUGCUAAUGUUUUAUCACCUUUAUGACGGAAAGAGUCGUGAAUACUUUGAGGAUGAACUGGUUGAACGUUUCGGCUCUCUUGUUAAGAUGCCAUUGCUGAAACCUGACAGGAGUCCUCUGCCUGUUCCGUUGAGAUUGAUUCUGGAAGAGGGAAUAAAUCGAUACGAUCUUCACACUAAAAGGCAUGGAAGAUUGGAGUCAACCAAAGGCUCAUAUGCACAGGAGUGGGCUAAAUGGGAGAAGAAAUUAAGGGACACUUUGUUUGCCAAUGCUGAGUAUUUUAAUUCUAUUCAGGUUCCAUUUGAGUUUGCAGUUCAGCAGGUGGUGGAACAACUGAGAAAGAUAGCGAAGGGUGAGUACAUGGUCCCAGCUGAGAAGAGGAAGCUUGGAACCAUUGUUUUUGCUGCUGUCAAUUUGCCUGUUGCAGAGAUCCAGAGUGUCCUUAACAAAUUGUCUGGGGAGAACGCCAAGGUCGAAGCUUUCCUCAAGGACAAAUAUAUGGAGGACAUCCUUAAGAAGGCUCAUGUGACUCUUGCUCAUAAGAGAAGUCACGGUGUCAUAGCUGUGGCUAAUUAUGGCCUCUACCUCCAUCGUCAGGUUCCUGUGGAGCUGACUGCUCUACUCUUCACAGAUAAAAUGGCUGCACUAGAGGCCCAACUUGGUUCUGUUGAUGACGAAAAGAUAGUCUCGAAGAACCAGUGGCCCCAUGUAACCAUAUGGACUGCGGAAGGAGUAGCACCCAAGGAGGCCAACACAUUACCACAAUUGCUUUCAGAAGGGAAGGCAAGUCAUGUUGAAUUGGGUGCAUGCAAAUGGAAUAGAGGGCUGGGUUGCAAGCUUCCAUCUCAUGAGAUUUUGAGGGAUUGCGUACUGAGGUGGCAUAUUUUGGUUAAAACUGAAUUCGGGCUUCCAAGAAAUACUCGUGUACAUAAAGAGUAGAAACAGAAAUUUGUUAAAUUUCAUGGAGUACUUAAUUUGGCAGAAGGAAGAAAUUGUGGGACAGUUUACCGUCUGCCACCCUAAACGCCUUAAUUCACAUGAAUAAAUAUAACUGUUUAUAUUUUCUAAAAUUGUUAAAA